CCACACCCUAUAAUACCUUUCUUUUUACAAAAAUCAAACACAGACUCCAGCUCAAUUCUGUCUGGGUCCAUGUGAAACCUACUUCAAUGGCUAAACCUGUAAAUAGAGGUCUAAACCCACCACUUUUCACCUAUACCAUCACUCUCACUUUCACCACCAUCACCACCGCAGUGUGUGGAGGCAAUCAAGACUUACCCCACCCACCACCAACUGCCCACCCACCCUAGGUAGAGAGAGAAACUAACUAACAAACAAACAAACAAAGAAAAGUCUUUGUUUUGAGAUGGAUAGAUAGAGAGAGAGAGAGAGUUGGGGGAGAAGAGAGAGAGAGAGUCAGAGAGAUGGGUGGGUGGUGGGGAAAUGUUAUGGUGGUAGUAGUCUCUAGGUGGAGUGGUUGUGGGUGUACAUUGCACCAUGCUGCGCAUUCUAGCAUCAUCCACCACACCCCCCACCUCACCCCACCCCACUCACCCACCUGGUGGCCAACCUAAUCUCUUUUACUUACAUUCAUUGCUCCCCCCACUCUCUCACCCACUCCCCCCCAUCCUCAUCAUCAUAACCACCACCACCAUCACCACUUUCACCUCCACCACAUCUCUUAUAUCUCCAGUCGCCACCACCACUCUGCUAUUUUGCACCUCUUCACCAUCCACUCUUAUCCUCCACCGCAACCAUGUCCACACCCACCCCCGAAAAGCCUCCUCGGAAGUUCCCAACACCGUGCUGGACCCAAGAAGAAACCCUAGCUUUGAUCGAUGCCUAUCGUGACCGUUGGUACGCUCUCCGCCGGGGCUACCUCAGGACCGCCGACUGGGACGCGGUGGCUGACGCCGUCGUCAGCCGCUGCCCCGCCGUCUCCCCUCCCAAAACCUCCGCCCAGUGCCGCCACAAAAUGGAGAAGCUCCGCCAGCGCUACCGCACCGAGAAGCAGCGAUCUCUCUCCUUCCCUGGCCGAUUCUUCUCCUCCUGGUUCUUCUUCGAUAACAUGGAUUCCAUGGCAAGUGGCUCAUCCUUGGCCGUUGGAUCUAAGCCAGAUGCUGGUAAUCAGGUUGAUUCUGGUGUUGGUGGUGUUCUUCGUAUCAAAAACGUAGGUGAUCGGAAUUCGGUGGAAUCGGUGUUCGGAUCGAAGAAUUCUAAAAAGGUUGAUGGGAAUUCAAACCCUGAUCUUGUUCUAUAUCAGGACAAAGCCUUGUGUGAUCGAAAUUCGCCACCUUUAGGUUUUAGGGCAAAUAAGAUUGAGGGGAAUUCUAGCCCUAAUACUAGUUCUAGGGUUUUGAAUGGGUACCCAUCAUAUGUGGAUGAUGGAUCUGAUGAUGAGGAGGAGGAUGAGGAGGUGGAGGAGGAUUUUGGAGGUGGGUUUCGUGUUAGAACCCCAAUUGAUGGGAAAUUGGUACCUCCAGUGUUUAGGACAAAGAAAUUGGGGAAGAUUCAUGGGAAUUUUGGACCUAAUUUUGAUUCCAAUCAUUUUUACAGCAAUGGAAUCGAAGAUGGUGGUGGGUUUUGGGUAAAAACCCCAAUUGAUCAAGAAAUGGUACCUCCAGGGUUUAGACCAAAGAAAUUUAGUAAGGUCGAUAGCAACUUGAACCCUAAUUUUGGCUCUGCUGAUGGUGGGUUUCCUGUGAAAAUGCCCGGCAACAGAUAUUCGGUGCCUGCGGGAUUUAGGACAAAGGGUUAUGGCAAGAAUGGUGGAAAUUCAUGUCCUAAUCUUGUUUCUAGGGUUUCGAAUGGAUUUGACUCGGGUUUAGGGAAGAAGAGUGAUGGUGGUGGUAGAGGAGUUAAGAGAGAAAGAGGUUCAAUUUCAGAGAUAGUUUCAUCAAUUAAGCUGUUGGGAGAAGGGUUCCUGAAAAUGGAGAAAAUGAAGAUGGAAAUGGCCAAGGAGAUUGAGAAAAUGAGAAUGGAGAGGGAGAUGAAGCGUAGCGAGUUGAUACUCGAGUCGCAGCGACAGAUUGUUGAUGCUUUUGUGACUGUUUUAGUGGAGAAUAAGAAGAAGAACGAAAACACGCCACCAGUGGCGGCACCUGAGACAUAGUUGUUGGGACAGUGAAGUUUUUUUUACUUGGUUUCUUUUUCAAGUUUCUUUUCCAACCUUUGAUUGGGAAGGAUAAGAUCUCCCUGGUCCUUUAGAUAGGUAUGGACUAGUGGGAUUUGAUUUAUAUGCUGUUAGAUCAUGUAACUUCGGUUUAUGAUUACUUUCUUUUCUUGUUCUCACUGAUCACAGUUCAAAAUGUGGCUAGGUUGUGUGACGUUGAUUUGGUUAAUAGAAUGUAUCAUUGUUUUGAAUAACAUGAUGUACAGUUGUUUAUCUUAUAGUAUUGAAUCUGAGGCACUGAAGUGGAGGUUCUUUCUCUGACUA